CGAGUGAUCCGAUCCGCCCAGGCAAAAAAGAUUCAAUUGAUGGAGAAAAAAAAUCCAAUUGGAAAAAAAUAAAUGCUCCUGCUCUCCGGGCGGAAAACAUAGACCGAGCCGCCUUAGCCUUCUCCCUUCUGUGGGCUGCAGGGCCCGAGUUCCCCGCAGGUGGGGAGCUGUCCAGCGCGCGGAGAGUUAAAGGCAUCAUCGCAGCCAUUAGAGGGAAAAGUUGCGGCGCGGCGAGCCCGGCGAAGUCCUCCAGCCCGCCCCUCUUGCCCACUCCCCACUUCCCGAGCCGGCUUGGUGUUUAGGGAGGGCAGUGAUCACGCAAGCCGGAGCAGCGGGCUGACGUUGGACGAGCUGCCAGGUAGCUGAAAGCAGGCAGCGAAGCAGCGAAGGCACUUCCCAGCGUUUCAAGCCUGGGUCUGGACUUGAAGCCUCACAGAAUCCGAGCCAGCUGGUUUUUAACCAUUGCGAACUGCAAUCCCUUUUCCCCAAAGCGAGCUCUGGCCAAGCGACAAGCAGGAUGUUUUCAGUGUCGCGCCCAAGGCUCUGAGACCUAGCCUGCUGACACAUUUGCAUUCCUUUCUUUUAGGGCUUUUUGGCUGUUGGGUACACUGAUGUGACUCCCCCCACCCCUUCUGGAAUGAUGGGGAUCUUUUUGGCGUAUGUUGGAUUUGUUUUCUUUUCCAUUUUAUAUGUACAGCAAGGGCUUUCUUCUCAAGCAAAAUUCACCGAGUUUCCGCGGAACGUGACGGCGACCGAGGGACAGAAUGUGGAGAUGUCCUGCGCCUUUCAAAGCGGCUCUGCCUCGGUGUACCUAGAGAUCCAGUGGUGGUUCCUGCGAGGGCCCGAGGACCUGGAGCCCGGGACCGAGGUGGCAGGCGCGCAGGUGGAGCUCUUACCCGAGAGAGACCCAGACAACGACGGGACCAAGAUCAGUACAGUGAAAGUCCAAGGCAAUGACAUCUCCCACAAGCUUCAGAUUUCCAAAGUGAGGAAAAAGGAUGAAGGCUUAUAUGAGUGCAGGGUGACCGAUGCCAAUUACGGAGAGCUUCAAGAACACAAGGCCCAGGCUUAUCUGAAAGUCAGUGCCAACAGCCACGCCCGGAGGAUGCAGGCUUUCGAAGCCUCGCCCAUGUGGCUGCAAGACGCGAAGCCCCGCAAGAAUAUCUCAGCCGCCCUCCCCAGCAGCAUCCACAGCUCUGCCAGCCAGCGAACCCACUCCACCUCCAGCCCUCAAGUGGUAGCCAAAAUCCCCAAACAAAGUCCACAAUCAGUGCAUGCCAAGACAUUCAUGAGCACCAGAGCCAAGCUGGCGAGCUAAUUAAAUAUAUAUAUGUAUGUGUUUAAAACAGCCUAAUAAGGAGCAUUGGAAAUCUUCAAGAUGAGCGAAUAUCUUAUAACUUCUUCCGCAGGUGCGAGGAUAGCUACAAGCCAUGGACUUUCUGUCCUGCUUCUUGUUUGUGGCUUUGUGAAGGGUGCUUUGCUUUAAUCUAAAGUGCUGACUUUUUUCCAAUAUCACUUUCUCUUCUUAAAGCAAAGAGCAAAUCGCCUGUAAAAUCUACGGAGCGGACAGCAAAGUUGACCCUAAACUUCAAGCACCACUCUGCACCCACUGUACUCUAAUUAACUACCCAAGGAGCACCUGUUCCGGAAGCGUAGACGAAGAGGCUAUCACACGUUUUGUUGAUAAUGUUUUCUUUGGCAAAUCACCGAUCUUUUAUUUCAAGAGAAUUAGAGUGAAGCGAUAGGACAUUUUCCUAUAGCAAGAUCUAUUUUUUCCCCUUUUCUUUCGGCAACUGAAAGAAAGCAGCGUCGCACUGACUGCUCAGGGGUUGGCCUGAACGUCAUCAAUAGGGUAAAUACUAUGGAUACAACGGAUUUCCUAUUAAAAGACCCAUUGUCUCCAGGAAGCAAACACAUAUCGAAAGGACACAGAACUUAAACUAUGGUCAAACAGAUCCCCCACUUUGGGGCAAGAACAAAAUUAUCGACAUUGCAAGUCAACAAAGAGAACGUUAUUUUAAACGAGGAAUAACAAAACAAAGAUUUUUCUUUUCAUUUUCCCUUUCUUUCUUGGAUUUUUUCUUCCAUUUUUUUGCUAAAUUGUUUGUUCAAUGGUGGCAAGUACUGGUUAUGGCCAAUCCCUGUUAAUUCUGGGAGGUUCCUAUAAAUACAUUUUGAGUGUUCUAUAUUUCAAUGCAUUUUAAUUCAUUUAGCAAUUCCUGUAUAUGCAAAGCUGACAAAUUCUGUAAAUUGCUUACAGUAUGUGUGAUAUAACAUCAAAGUAGAUAUACUAUGACCUUCAUGCAAGCUGAUUUUUAUCAUUAUAUAUAAAUAUAUAUAUGCAUAUAAAUAGCUGUAUGUCUGGCCACCAACCAACUUUUUUUGAGGAAGCAUUUGUUUCUCAUUUAUAAUUCAUGUACUGUGUGAAUUUUGUAGUGCACUGUUUCAUUUCCACAGGUUUGACAACUGCAGAUGGUCUCUGUUGCCCUCUGCUUUCUUCUGGAAAAUGCACAUUAAAAAUUGUAUUGAAAUGAAUUAAUUUUCUUGUGUGUAUGCUGUGUUGGAAUUUGCUAUGUUCCCUUUAUAUAUGAUGUUUAUUGAGAUCCAAGGGUCUUUUGAGUCUGAAGAAUGGACAUUCUCUGCUUUUGACAGUUAUUCCUGUAUUAUCAUCAUUAUUAUUGUUGACAAAAAGGAAUGCUGCUUCUAGAAAAUUUGCCUUGAAGAUGAAUGUGGGGAAGAUGAUGAGGGUGCCAUGAUUCCCUAAAUUUAUGGAACCACUUCCCGCUCUGGAAAAAAAUGCUGCUUCCUGUGACCUUUAUGAAUUUUUGUAGCUUGGUCAUUCUGUUUUCUGCUGCUAAUUACAUUUUAAUGUCUCCUAAUUAAAAAUUAAAAUGAGGUUGUUGGCUAAAUGUAAUAUGCAAAAGAUGACUGCAAAUCCCUGACUAAAGAAAAUAAUGUGUUUAGUUUUCACUAGUUAUGUGAAUUAUAAUUUUAGGUAUUCCAUUCUUAUUUUUGGCUUUAUGAUAAAUCAGACUAUUUUAUUUAGAAUCUGUUUUCUACUCUGGCAAAGAAUGAUGGGCAGAAUUAUUACUGUGUUCCUUACACACCAUGGAAUACAUGUGGUUUGCAAUAGAAAUGACCUAAGUUUUCCUUCCAGAGAGAUUUUUCUGUUUUCUUUUACAAAACCAGAAGAGCAUCUAUUUGUGGUCAUCAGCUCCCAGUCUGGGGUCCUAAAGUGAAGAUUUGAAGGCAAUGAAUACCCCUGCUUUUCAAAGGUAAAUGCAUUGAUUUUCUGCAGUUCAGUUAUGAGGAAUGUCCUUAUUUUCAUAAUAUUUUGGACAUUAUUUUCUGAGAAAUAAUGUUUCAUGCCAAAUGUUUCCCAUGUUUUUCUUGUUUGGUUGGUUUAUUAUUUCAGUCUAAUGAGAAAAAUAAAGGUUUGGAUUGCACUAUUUUAUUAACCUAGAAAUUUAUUUUCUUUUGAAUUUAAUAUUUAAAAAUGCAUAAAAUAAUAAGAUAUAUAUCACUCCUCAAGCCCAUCUGGACUUUAAAGAUUACCUACUUGAAAGUGUUAAGUUAGCAUAUUGAUUCAAAUUCAGGCAAACUGAGAAAAAUCCACCAAGUAACUUGCUUCUACUCAAAGUUCAGGUCUUGAGAUUGGUUGAUUCUAAAGCAAGACAGACUUGUAUCUGUAUCGACUAUCUCUACCGUUCUUGCAGUGAAGGACAUCUGCUAGUUUGGAACGAACUCUCACUAGACUCAUUGUAUCAGAGUCCAGCUUAUUGAAGACUUCUUUGUCACUGUGCUACCAAGGUUCUGACACACUGUCCUCUUUGGGAAAGAACAUGGCAAAUAUCAAUUUUGCUCUGAACUCAAAAAGUUAAUAUGGAAGCUUAAAUAUCAGGACAAACUAUAACAUAUCAAGGGGGCCUUCUAGUGAUUUUUCACCUUAUAUUGUGUCCUUCUGGGACUAUAACUUUGUAUGUAACCAUGACGAUGGGAAUGAAUAAAGAUUGAAAAAUAGGUCAUCUAAUCUUCUCAACCUUGAUUUCCAAGGUUAUUAAAUUAAUGUCUUUUAUAAGAGAGAAUUGUAAAAAGAUGGAAAGACCAUGCUUACCUGAAUUUGGAUUGGAUACUUCAGUACUUUAUUGAAGACGUACAGAUUGUUUACACAUGAAACAAUGCAAAAUAGAACACCUUAUGAUAAGAAAACCUAAUAAAAAUUGUCUAUAUUAGGAACUCAAUCUGGGUUCCUCAAUAAACUUGGUGGAGUCUGUGAACCCACUGAAACUAUAUGUGUAUUUUUGCAUAUAUGUAUUUAUUUUAUGAAGAUGUUCCUUCACAUUCAUUGACUCUGAAGGUGAUUUGAUUAUGAUUCCUUGGGCUAAAAAAAAAUGCUUAGAUGUUUUUGAGCACCUAAGAAUAGAUGAUGAUUAUAACUUCAAACUGAUUCGCCUUAAAGUUCUUGGAAGCAAACCAUGUUUAGGGAAAUGUAUUAGGUCACAUAUAUUUUGGGGGGUAAAGAAAAUAUAUAUUUUUAACCAGAUUUUUUUUCCUUUAAAUUUGUGACAUGCAGCAUGGAAUAACAGAUAUGGAGCGAUGUUUGCUGAAUUUUUAGAAUGGAUGAUAAUGGUUAAAAAUACAAUUUUGCAAAAGAUACAUAGAUGCCAUUCAAAUAAAGUCCUAGUAUUGAUCCUUUAUGAA